AGGGAAUUGAAAUUCUGGGCGGUAAGUAAAUGUGGCGGGAGUUUCAAAGGUGGCGCAAAAUUUGAAUAAAAACAUAUCCGAGAACCAAAAGAGAAGACAGAGAAACCCUACACAGCUACAUCCAGAUUCUGCACCGAUAAUGGUGAGAGACGACCCUCAGCUCAGCGCGGCCAAGCGCGCGUAUCGGAAUGCGUCGAUGGAGGGAAAUCGGCAGGAAGAGGCGAGGUGGGCCAACUUGAUCGGCGACAUAUUCAAGAAUAGAGGCGAGUACGUGGAAGCCCUAAAAUGGCUUCGUAUUGAUUAUGAUAUCUCCAUGAAAUACCUCCCUGAGAAGCAACUCCUUCCCACUUGCCAGUCCGUCGGCGAACUCCUCCUCCGUCUCGAGAAUUUCAAGGAUGCCCUUAUUUAUCAGAAAAAGCAUCUAGAGUUAGCCAAGGACACUAAUGACCUUGUUGAGCAGCAAAGAGCCAGUACCCAACUUGGUAGAACUUAUCAUGAAAUCUUUCUAAGUUCGGAUGAUGACCACUACUCGGUUCGAAAUGCCAAGAAGUAUUUCAAGUCUGCCAUGAGACUUGCUCAAACUCUCAAGGAGAACCCACCAUCUAAUAAAUCUUCUUUCCUCAAGGAAUUCAUUGAUGCACAUAAUAACAUUGGAAUGCUUGAAAUGGAUCUUGAUAACUUAGAGGAAGCCCAUAAAAUUCUUACUAAGGGAUUAAAGAUAUGUGAUGAAGAAGAGGUGAUUGAUGAUGAUGAUGGACGUAGUAGGCUCCACCACAACCUUGGACGUGUUUACAUGGAGCUGAGGAAGUGGGAUAAAGCUCGAGAGCACAUUGAGAAGGAUAUCAUAAUCUGCAAGAGGAUUGGGCAUUUCCAAGGAGAGGCAAAGGGGUAUAUCAAUCUUGGAGAAUUGCAUUACAGGGUACAAAAGUAUGAGGAGGCAAAUCUCUGCUAUCAGAAGGCACUUGAUCUAGCAAAAUCCAUGGAAGAUGAGGAUGCUUUGGUUAGUCAAAUUGAUGAGAACAUUGUAACUGUAAAAAAAGCAGUGAAAGUAAUGGCUGAUAUGCAGAAAGAAGAGCAGAAUCUCAAGAAGCUAGCAAGAAACAUGGCCACAGCAAGAGGCACACCGGGUGAACGGAGAUGCCUUCUGCAACAGAAUGCAUCUCUUGAUCUUCUCAUUGAAAAAUCAAGCAUGAUUUUUGCAUGGCUUAAACAUCGUGAAUUUGCCAAAAGGAAGAAGAGAAUAGCAAAUGAACUUUGUGACAAAGAAAAGCUUAGUGAUUCAUUUCUGGUUAUUGGAGAGUCAUACCAAAAGCUCAGAAACUUCGACAAAGCUCUUAAAUGGUACACCAAAAGCUGGGAAACAUACAAGUCAAUCAACAAUUUGGAGGGACAAGCAUUGGCGAAGAUUAACAUUGGAGAUGUAUUGGACUCUGAUGGUAAUUGGGCAGGUGCCCUAGAUGCAUUUGAAGAGGGUUACAGGAUUGCUGUUCAAGAAAAUCUUCCUUCUGUACAGCUUUCUGCGCUUGAAAAUAUGCACUAUAGUCACAUGAUAAGAUUUGACAAUCUUGAAGAGGCUAGGAGGUUGCAGUAUUUAAUUGACAAAUUGAAGCAGUCUGGAAAUGAAAAGCAUGAAGGGAGAAAUAUUGCAGAGGACUGCUGCUCUGAAACUGAUACAGAAAGGGAUGAUUGCUUAUCCAAUAGUAGGUCUGAUCCAAGCUGUUCAGUAAAGAAGGGUAAAUCCAAAUCAGAUCGUGGUGAAUUUAAGGAUGAUGUACCUCUGAUUUCACUUCUUCAAAGCAAUAAAAAAUUGCCCAAGUGGAACAUUGCUCAUGUAGACGAAGUCCUGCCAACUGGUGCCUCACACAAAAGUUCAUCAACAUCAACCAGUAAUCAGCAAACAGUUGGCCGCAAACGUGUUCGGGUAGUCCUUUCUGAUGAUGAAGGCGAAAUGCAGGAUGAGGUGGCUUGCUCUAAUUUUGAAUGUGGAAGGCUUCAUAAAUGCCCAGUGGAGGAUGUUGGUGCUACUGAUGAAUUUAAAAAUAGAACUGAUCUAGCUAGUCCUGCUUCUGGAUUUCAAGAUGUUUCAGCAAUUCCUUCUAAAUGUGCUAUCAGUUCGUCUACUCCUAUGAUACUAGAAGAAAGCACUAGUUCAUAUAAAUUGAGGACUCCUAACAAGCAUAGUGCUGCUGAUCUCAAGUUGCACACUUCUGAAGGUGCAUAUGGUCAAUAUAUAGCAUUCAAAAUUGAAAAUGACCUGAUACAAAUAGAAGCAGCCCCAUGUAUGGUUGAUGACAUGCUGAGCAUUGAGUCUCUCAAGGUUGAAGUUGCAUGCUUAUACUAUCUACAACUUCCUGUAGACAAGAGGUCAAGGGGUCUAUUGCCCAUCAUUCAGCACAUGAGAUGUGGUGGGAAAGCUUUGGAAUCCUUUGAAGCAAUCGGAACUUUUAAGGACACUUUGGGAAAUGGCUGGGUUGAAGUCUUCGUUGAUGGAUGGGUUCAAAAGCGAUUGAUAAAGCUGUAUGUUGACUGCUGCAAGGAGUUGUCUGAGACUCCCAAUAUUAAGUUGCUUAAGAAACUGUACAAUUUGGAGGUUUCAGAGGAUGAAGUUAUGGUGUCUGAAUGUGACUUGCAAGAUAUAUCAAUAAUGCCGUUACUGAAUGCUUUGCAUGUCCAUAAGACCAUUGCCAUGUUAGACCUUUCUCACAAUAUGUUGGGGAAUGGAACAAUGGAGAAACUUCAACAAGUAUUCAUAUCAUCAGGCCAAAAAUAUGGUGGCUUGGCUUUGGAUUUGCACUGCAAUCGAUUUGGUCCUACUACCUUGUUCCAGAUUUGUGAAUGCCCUGUGCUAUUUGCUCGAUUGGAAGUGCUUAAUAUCUCUGGGAACCGUCUCACUGAUGCAUGUGGAUCUUACCUUUCAACUAUCUUGGAAAAGUGCAAAGCCCUUUAUUACUUGAAUAUAGAGCGGUGUUCUAUCACGUCUAGAACUGUUCAGAAGGUUGCUGAUGCACUUGAUUCUCAAUCUGUACUUGCACAGCUUUGUUUGGGACAUAACAAUCCUAUAUCUGGAAAUUCUAUCAUGAAUCUGAUGGGCAAACUUUCCACUUUAGAAAGAUUUUCAGAGCUGAAUCUGAAUGGUUUAAAGCUAAGCAAGACUGUAGUUGAUAGCCUCUGCCAACUUGUCAAAUCCUCAUGUUUAUCAGGAUUAAUGCUUGGUGGUAGUAGUAUUGGAACUGAUGGUGCACUACAGUUGACUAAGUCCUUGUUCAGUGGGGCCCAAGAGCUUGUGAAACUUGACUUAUCUUAUUGUGGACUAACAUCUGAGUACAUUACCAAUCUAAAUGCUGAAGUUCCUAUGGUUGGUGGUAUUCUUGAGAUAAACCUUGGAGGAAAUCCCGUUAUGCAAAAGGGUGGCAGUGCAUUAGCAUCACUACUCAUGAAUCCUCAUUGUUGUCUCAAAGUUUUGGUGCUUAACAACUGUCAGCUUGGCCUUGCUGGAGUUCUUCAAAUAAUUCAGGCACUAUCAGAGAAUGACUCUCUGGAAGAACUCAAUGUUGCUGGAAAUGCCGAUCUGGACAGACAUUGUACUUCACAAAAUAACUUAAAAGCAUUAGAAAGCUCAGAGACCUUUCCGCAAAUUCUCAAUAUUUCUGUUUCUUCCCCCAAGGUGUGCGUACUAAAGGAAGUUGCUGCUGCUCAAGAGGGGUCAUGUAUUAUGAACACAGACUACAAUCAGCUUGAGGUUGCCGAUAGUGAAGAUGAUCCAAUUACAGCAGAACCUGCUGCAUCUUAUGAUGACAGUUGCACAAAUUCAUGUAAAAGGAUGCUUCAGUUUUCUGAGAGUGAAUUCAUUCAAGGGCUCUCAACUGCCAUUGGCAUGGCAAAGAAGUUGCAAUUACUAGAUCUUAGCAAUAAUGGUUUCUCAACACAAGAUACAGAAACAAUAUACACUGCAUGGUCAUUGGGUUCAAGAUCUGGUUUGGCUCAGAGGCACAUUAAGGAACAGACAGUCCAUUUGUUGGUGCGGGGGCAGAAGUGCUGUGGAGUGAAACCCUGCUGCAAAAGAGACUGAUGCUGCAGCAAGUCUGUUUGAUUCACUUCUCCUUUAACUGGGAUCCUCAGAAGCAGCCUCACAAGUGAUUGAUACAAAAUAUGCUACUAGCAACUGUCAAACUGAUACUGGGGUGCUUCACAGAUCUUGGAGGAAUGUACUUGGCUUAUUUGUGUGUAUAUAUAGUACCCGCAUGCCAUGUUUUAAGAAGCUACUUACUGUCAAAUAAUUGUAGUUUAUUGUUAUCUAAUUAGGCAUUGCAAAAGAUAGGAAAUUGAUUGUUAGAGACUGAUAGAUAGGGUUAUUAAACAAGAAUUUGAAUAAAGAAGGUGAUACCAGUGAGUUUAUUUA